AUGCCUCUGGACACAAUAUACCUUACCCGUCAUGGCCACCGUCUAACCUUCACCGUCGACCCCAAAACCGGCAGAUACCACUCCCAAUUCCCAACACCCACCCAUAACCCAGCAGACCCGACCUUAACCUCACACGGCGUGCAGCAAUCGCACGAACUCGCCGCGCACCUCUCCAGCCCGGGAUUCCACCCGAAGCCGUUUCGAAUCUACUCGAGUCCGUACUAUCGAUGUCUGCAGACGAUAAAGCCGACUGUCGAGAAGUUGCGGGAGCUGCAGGUGCUGCCGGAACCGCUACGACUGGGAGGGAAAAUACCGGAUGAUUGGGAGGAUGGGUUGUUGCGUGUGAAGGUUGAGGAUGGGGUUGGCGAAUGGUUCGGCCCAACAUCCUGGUUUCACCAUCCUACGCCCGAACCCCCCGAUGUCCUCUCAGGACACUUCCCAAACCUCCUGUACGAAAACAUCAAUGGCGCCACAUACAAACCGGUGCUCGAGCCCUCUACCCGCGGCGAGACAAUCGCCCAACUGCACCACCGUAUUGCCCUGGCAUUGACCGCCAUCAUCGCAGACCUAGACCUCCAUAUCUCCCAUGAAGAACGAGAGCUACCCGAAAGUGAACGAACGAGCAAAGCAGUCCUGAUAUGCUCGCACGCCGCGCCAUUGAUUGCAAUGGGACGGGUGUUGACGGGGAAUAUGCCCGAUGAUAGCGGGGAGGAAGAUUUCAAUGUGUUCACGGCGGGGCUGAGUACGUUUAAGCGGAGGGGCCCUACUGCUCCCUUGACUGGAGCUUUUGGUGCUACGGGGCAUGUCGAUGAGAGUGAUGAAAGGGCGGCAAAGAAGUUGGUGGCGCCUGGGACGACGAUGCUCAGGCCUCGGAUGAAAAGAGUGCCGGAGUGGGAGGGGGGAAGGGGCGUUGGGGGUGGUUGGGAUUGUGUUGGGAAUGGGGAUUGUAGUUUCUUGAGCGGUGGGGCUGAGAGGGGGUGGCAUUUCAAUGGCGACGAGUCGUUUGAUCCUGCGCCUGUCUCGGAUGAGACGCCUGCUACGAAGUUAUGA